UAGGGGAGACAACAUUGUUGUUAAGUUACGUCGCUGGUUCAAGUUUUGUGCAGCUUUCGGCGGGAUUCAGAAUGAGCUCCGUGCAAGAGGAGAAGCUUGCUGAUGGUACUCAAAAGACCCAUGUGCGGGAACUGCGAAAUACUGAACUUGUAUCUAGAUUAUUAGCGGCAACUCCUCCAUAUCUCUACAGCGCUUUACCACUUCAACCUCAUGCGUUCUUCUUCAGUGAAAUGCUGCGUUCCUUCGUCAAUGCACGCCAAGGAUGCAGACCGCCUCAUUUCCAUCGUCGCUUUAAACGCCGCUCCCACAAAUAUUUUGCUGAAAACGAAAAUGACUGGAGACGGGAAUGGCCAAAACAGGAUGAAGAGAAAAAAGAAGAAAUCAGACCUGAAGUACCCCUUGAGCUCACUGUAGAUAAACAACCUAGAAUCCAUUGUGAUCCAUCCCCUAGAAGGCUGUCACCGAAAGCUGAGCCACCGAAAUCAAGUGGCAGUCCAGGUCCACCCGGCAGACAGUCCACAUUCGUUGACGUUGGUACAGAAGAACUGCCAAAACCGUCACCUUGUGUAGGUAGAAAUAUUGAACCGACUGUCUCACCGUCUAGCCUGAUUCUUCCACCUCCGCCACCUAUGUGGUAUCCGCCACUUUACAAUCCACAGUUUGGCGUUGAUCCUCUUAACUUCUUUAUAGAUCUACGUGUAUCCGGACAUAUUUAUGAUAGAAAAAGAGCUGCUGAAAGCAUGGAACAAAGCGCACCUGAAUUACGUCCGGAAGAGUCUUUAGAAAAACGAUUGGGCAAAGAUUUUGGACAAAGACCGCGGCAUUUAUCGGCUUUCUCUGUUCCUGUCCGUGGCGCUAAUGCUAGUUUAGACUCGGACAAAUAUUUUGAAAGAACCACUGAUCAUGUUGGCAAGUCAAAUGGUACAUCGUACGUUAUGAAGAAUCUAAAGCGUUUAUAUGAUGAUUUAUAUGCUCACGAACAAAGAGGAGACGCCAAAAUAAGUAAACUUGAUAAUCCAAAGGCAGAAUCGUCUGAUGCUGAAGAUGAGAAUAUCAUUGAUUAACGCAUUUUCUUCGUUAAGUUAAUAGUAUUCAUUAGUUAUGAGUACGUAAGUUUUUAUUCUAGUCAAAAAUUACUUGUAAUCUUUAAAAUAACUUCUAGUCAUAUUAUUGUAGGUACCUAUGUUAUUAUCAAAGCUUUUUCAUAUUGCCGUUGAAUAAAUUUAAAUAAUGUUUAAUGAUAACUCGAUUCAUUAUUAUAAAGUAUAGAUAAGAAAUCUGAAACAUUAAUUUUAAUUGCAAACAUAAUUAAUUAUAGGUAUACCAAUUAUUUAAGUACUUACGGAUUAAAAUAAGGUUCUUAAAGUUUUUGUCAACUCGGAGUAGGUACCUACCCAAUUUUCAUAUUAUCUCAAUCUGUAAUUAAUACCAAUGGAUAGCGUUACACAGUGCGAGCAACUAAAGCGACAAUAUGACAGUACAGCUACUGUGCUUGUGUACUUGCAUGACUUUAGCUCGACUCGCCUCUCUCGAUGCAAACUGCUGACGUUGCAGUAGACUGUAGCUACUGCACCAAUGAUAAAUGUACUCGCAUACUUCGUCCUACGUAUUAUGUCUUGUGCAUUGCUUUUCGCAAAAUACGUAGUCCCAAGCUUAUGAACUACUGUCAUUUCGCAAAAUGAUGGGAGUUGCUAGUGCCGAUGCCGCGGCCGUCGCGUCGCGGUUGUGGCGAAAGACGACGAGUGGCGAAUAAUAAAAUGUAACUCGAACACAAAACUAACGCACUUGCACAUGACAGUAACUCGUAUGUUGCGGUCACAUGAUGCGAGUAGUAGCACCUCAACUGAUUUGGAUGCCAAGCCAAGUAUAUAUUGUUCUGUGGCCAAGUCGCUCUUCGUAACCUAUCUAUAAAAUAUAAUUCCAUUAUAAUGUUAUAUUGAUUCUAAUAGUUAUAUAUUUUCAACAUUCAGUAAAUCUAGGUUACAAACUAAAAUCAUGUUCAUUGGUUAUCCCAAAGCUCU